AGGAGAAGCCGGCUGCUUUUGGACUUGCUGGCAGUCCCAGGGCUCAGGUGACCAGCGGCCCUUUAGGAGCCUACAGACCCCCCCACAGCCUGGCAACCCAGCAAACGGAGCAGCAAUGAUUCAGAAUGUGGGCAACCACUUGCGAAGGGGCUUCGCCUCUAUGUUCUCUAAUCGCACAUCCCGGAAGUCAAUCUCCCAUCCGGAGUCUGGAGACCCUCCUACCAUGGCAGAGGGUGAAGGAUACCGGAACCCCACGGAGGUGCAGAUGAGCCAGCUGGUACUGCCCUGCCACACCAACCACCGUGGGGAGCUGAGCAUUGGACAGUUGCUCAAGUGGAUCGACACCACAGCCUGCCUAUCAGCGGAGAGGCAUGCUGGCUGUCCCUGCGUCACAGCCUCUAUGGAUGACAUCUACUUCGACCAUACCAUUAGUGUCGGCCAAGUGGUGAAUAUCAAGGCCAAGGUGAACCGGGCCUUCAACUCCAGCAUGGAGGUGGGAAUCCAGGUGGUCUCUGAGGAUCUGUGCUCUGAGAAGCAGUGGAGUGUCUGCAAGGCCUUGGCCACCUUUGUGGCCCACCGGGAGCUCUCCAAGGUGAAGCUGAAGCAGGUCAUCCCAUUGACCGAGGAGGAGAAGACUGAACAUGGGGUGGCGGCUGAGCGCCGGCGUAUGCGACUGGUCUAUGCAGACACCAUCAAAGAUCUCCUAACCCACUGUGUCAUCCAGGACGAUUUGGACAAGGACUGCAGCAAUAUGGUGCCAGCCGAGAAGACCCGAGUGGAGAGUGUGGAGCUGGUGCUGCCUCCUCACGCCAAUCAUCAGGGCAAUACCUUCGGGGGACAGAUCAUGGCUUGGAUGGAGAAUGUGGCCACCAUUGCAGCCAGCCGGCUCUGUCACGCCCACCCUACGCUCAAGGCCAUCGAGAUGUUCCAUUUCCGAGGCCCGUCUCAGGUGGGGGACCGUCUGGUGCUCAAGGCCAUCGUGAAUAACGCCUUUAAGCACAGCAUGGAGGUGGGUGUGUGUGUGGAGGCGUACCGCCAGGAAGCUGAGACCCAGCGCCGGCACAUCAACAGCGCCUUCAUGACCUUCGUGGUCCUGGACAAAGAUGACCAGCCUCAGAAGCUGCCCUGGAUUCGUCCCCAGCCUGGAGAGGGUGAACGGCGAUACCGAGAAGCCAGUGCCAGGAAGAAGAUCCGCCUGGACAGGAAAUACCUUGUGUCCUGUAAGCAGGCAGAAGUGGCCCUGUCUGUCCCCUGGGACCCUAGCAACCAGGUAUACCUGAGCUACUACAACGUGUCCUCUCUGAAGACGCUCAUGGCCAAGGACAACUGGGUGCUGUCCGUGGAGAUCAGCGAGGUCCGCCUGUACAUCCUAGAAGAGGACUUCCUCUCCUUUCACUUGGAGAUGGUGGUAAAUGUGGAUGCCGCCCAGGUCUUUCAGCUGCUGUCAGACCUGCGCAGGAGACCAGAGUGGGACAAGCAUUACCGGAGUGUGGAGCUGGUGCAGCAAGUGGAUGAGGAUGACGCCAUCUACCACGUCAUCAGCCCCGCCCUGAGCGGGAACACCAAGCCCCAGGACUUUGUGAUCCUGGCCUCUAGGCGGAAGCCUUGUGACAAUGGGGACCCCUAUGUCAUUGCCCUGAGGUCGGUCACGCUGCCCACGCACCAUGAGACACCGGAAUACCAACGUGGGGAGACUCUCUGUUCAGGCUUCUGUCUGUGGCGUGAGGGGGACCAGAUGACUAAGGUUUCUUACUACAACCAGGCCACCCCCGGCUUUCUCAACUAUGUGACCACCAAUGUGUCCGGCCUGUCCUCAGAAUUCUACAACACUUUCAAGGCUUGUGAGAGUUUUCUGUUGGACAACCGGAAUGACCUAGCUCCCAGCCUCCAGACCCUCUAGACACCACCCAUGCUGCCCCAGGUCUUACACAGUGCGUGGAACAAAGCAGAGACAUUUAUUCACCUUGACUCCCCAGGGAAGCCUUCCACACUAGAUGGUCCAAUCCUACUGGAUGGUCGGUUGCUGCUCACAUCUGCCUGCAAGUCUUUCCAGUACUCCUGGGAUAUCCUGUAAUAGACUCGGGUCCUGUCCACGGCCCUGGCCGCCCACAAUCCAGCCCACAAAUCCACAUGGCUGUUCCCAGCAGUGCUGUGGUACACUGUGACAGUGGCUCUAGGGGAGGAGGCCAGGAGCCUGGCCACAGUGUUGGCUGGACUCUGACUCAGUGGCCCAGCCUGCAGCUGGAAGGACACAGGUUGCCGGAGUCCCUGACACAGCUCCAGCAUAUCUGUGACCAUCUGCUCCUGAUAACCACUGUCCAGCAUCUCUUCGGGCCAGCCCGGUGCCACGGUCACAUGGGGGAAGACUUCAGCCACAGCUGUGAGCAGCUCUCUGCCAGCUAUGUGGCCAGGGACCACAAAACUACCAUGUGAGACUGUGGACCCCACCCACACAGGCCAGGGCAGAUGGCCAAGGGUAGAAAGGUGUGCUAACGUGGCCAGGGAUGGCCGGAGAGCUUCGGGUUCCACUAUGUUCACAUGGAUGCCCCAGCGCCUGGGGUGAACAGCCAGACGCAGCAGACACGACUCCAGUGUCAGAGCAGGGCCACCUGGGGUGUGUAGGAUGGGUACAGGGUUCCCAGCCUCAGGUUCCUGGAGGCCAAUGUCCAGCAAGAUCAUGCCUUCUCUGUCUGGAAGAGGCAACAGUUUGGAGAUCCUGUCAUCAUGGGACGUCAGUGUUUUUUGUUAAAGGGGACAUACAUGGGGGCAUGUCAUGGGGAUAGAUCAAGAGGCACCAGCCAUUCUUGAGUUUGCCAGCUCCAUCCCAGGCUCCAAGUGCUGUGACUGGUGACUCUCAGGCAGGCAUGACAAAUUGCUGGCCUCCAUUCUUGGCCUUCCUAAUCACUCCCCACUCCUCUAGUCACAGUGUGGCUGAGGACUCAAGGCUGUGAAGACCAGGAGUUCCUGCUCUUGACAUUAUUCCUCCCACUUUGUAUCCAGUGUGUGGCUUAUUGUGUUGCCAUGGUAACAGAGAAUCAAGUUACCCACCCAAGCAAAUGACAGACCUGUGGGUGAGGGUAGCCAGGAGCUUUAGAGCUGCAGGCAGACUCACCAGGAACUGUAAUGGCUGCUCUUCUCCCACUGCCAUUCACUUCCAGAACUAGCCACUCUACCUCCAGACCAUCACCCUUGGGCUGCUGGAGAAGAGGGAUCAGGCUGCCACCUGUGUAGUAGGUUCGCUUCCGGGUGGUGUUCACUGUGGGACCCAAAAUUGCCAAUGUGAAGGGACCACUCUCCACAAAUUGCCUUGUGUAUGCACUGGCUCUCCCGCAUCCUAAGCCCUGUGGCUGUCACUUCUCCCUUUUGGGUAGAUUGGAAGUCAUUGUCUCAUGGCCUGACAUUCAACAGAAUUUACUGGGCCAGAAACCAAACAGAGCUAGAGAUGAGGGGAGGGGGCUCCAAAGCUUGUCUCCUCCCUUUCCCAGGCACAACUCCCUCAAUAGGAGUGGAAUCUGAUGUGACUCCUUGGGAUGACUUAAGUGUAGAUGCCCCUAGACACAGGGUCAAGAGAACAGGGCAUAGUGGCAUCUGGCUCAUGAACUAGUGGGCACGUAAGAGGGCUGUGCUUGAGACCCUAUUGCCAAAGGUGAAUGGUGCUGUGGAAGCCAGGGCACUCGAGUGCGUGCAUGUGUGUGUGUAUGUGUGUGUAUGUAUGUGUGUGUGUGUGUGUGUGUGUGUGUGUGUAUGUGUGUGUGUGAGACUUGGCUAGGUUGUGAUCAGAUUGCACUCCUACAAAAUCCUUGUGGUUUUGGACUUCCAUUGCCCUCUCUAUCAACCAGACUCCUGUUCUGAGGACAUCGCUUGGAUAACAUAAUAUCCCAGGGGCAGAAGACAAAUUCUCAGAAUAGCUCCUGUCUCCUGUUCCACGCAGAAUUUUCCCCAUCUAGACCACCCUUUCUCCGCUUCCAUGCCCACCCAAGGCUGCCCUGAGCAGAACACAGCCCACAAUUCCCCUCCCAGGCUCCCUUCUUACAGGCCAGCUGCUUAAACUGCGACAAGACAGGCUCAAAGAGGUCAUAGUAGAUUUGGUGAGCGGCACUGUUGUCCCGGAUGAAGAGGAGAUCUUCUACUGACACGGGGUCUGAGGCACCCUGCCACAGUGUUAGGCUGUACCUGGAACCAGAGAGCUGACUCAGGGCCCGCCUGACUCUUGGCUCUACUUGUGCGCUCAGAACUGAAUGCCAGCUGAGCCCAGGAGUGGAGCAUCUGUUCUCUAGAUUCCCACCAGAGGAUGAUGGAGAGCGGAGGUUCAGAGGGCAGGAGGAUGUGCACCCCUGGGAUGUCUGUUUCUGAGUUACCCACCAAUGGAAGCAGUGACCAGCCAGUGCCCAGAAGAGUACAAGCCAGAGGCCGAGCAUAGGAGGUCGUUAGGGCAGUGGGACUGGGACAAGAUGAUCUUUAGGACCCCUCUUGACGUGUUCAUCUUGGGGCAGAGCCCAGGAUAGGUUUGGGACCAGUAGAGGGGUUUCACCUCUCAGAUUGGCUCAGAAGCCAGCUGAAGUGGGGCCAAGCAGCCCGUGUCAUGACAGCUCUCACUGGGAAGGUGACCUUCUGUGGCAGCGCUCCGACCAGCUCCUGCAUUGUUUCCACCAUGGCUUGGGUGUAUGUGCUGUUUGGCAACUGAGGCACAUAAAGAGUGGUAAAGCCUGGAGAAAUGGUGGCCUUUGGAUAUUUCUCCUGGACAAGAGUCAGAAACCUGCAGAGAGAGACCAGAGCAGAGAUACCCAUCUUUCCCUUCUUGUAGGCUCUUGCCACAGCGACAGGAACAGUCAGGCCUAUUGAGACUCAGCUUGGAGAUUGACAUCAGAGCCCUAAAGAGCAGCAGUGAUUUGUACAUCCUCCUGCUGAUAUCACCACCCUGUGCAGUCAGAGAGGUCUGGGAUCCGGUCUCUACUCUGCAUCUGGUGAUCCAUCUGAUUCUCAAAGAUAGUGACUGUCAGGGCAGGGCCUUUUAAACAUCCCCACAUCGACAGAGGGGCUUGAGUGAGACUUGUAAGGUGUGCAGAUCUGCAUGCUGACAGAUGGCUUCGAGUCUCCAAAGUUUCAGAUUCCUAAUUUUUUUUUUCAUAUGAGAAGAGCCUGUGCCACAUGUCUAUAAUCUCAGCACUUGGGGGGUGGGAGGCAGGAGGUUCAGGGCUUCCUUCAUCCCCAGAUACAUAGCAAGUGCAGGGCUAGCCUAGGCUACAUGAAACUGCCACAAAGCAACACAUUGAAAAGAGUUAUUUGAAUUUUGUUCUGAUGCAAAUUUUCAAUAGGAAAUUAAUGUCACCCACUGCUCGGCCCCCAGAUAUAUAACUCAGUACCCUGAGGAGAGAAUCCUUGUUUGUCUUGGGCCCUAGCCUACAUUUUCCAAAUAUAACUCAUUUUGAGAAUCAGUAAAUGUUGGCCGGGCAGAUGGAGGUGUCUGCAGAGCACAAAACUCGAGGACGGAAAGACCUGUGGGAACCUUUGCUCUGCCGUUUUGUAGACUUAGACCAUUCAUUUAACCUUUCAAAGAUAGUUUCUAUACUUACAAGAUGAAUAUGACUAGUUGCUACCUCAUUCUCUUAAGAGUUCAGCUGUAUUCUGCAAAUAAAAUGCUUGAAACCGUGCCUGGGGUACACUAACC